AUGCUUCCUCUCAAGUACCGGCGGCUUCCCCGUCUUUUUAGAUCUGGCCCAGUUAAUUUCAUCGUUGUCAUAGGGGCGUUGGUAAUCCUCGGAUUCUACUUAUUGAGUACAGAUACAACCUCUAAGGCCAAUAGCCCGUACAAAUAUAGAAAAGUUGACAAUGAUCCAUUUGAUUUUGCCCAGGCUCCCGGUGACCACAUUACUCACUAUGAUUUGAAUAAGUUGACAUCCACGUCCGAUUCGUUGAAACAUAAAGAGAGGGUGCUAAUUUUGACUCCUAUGGCAAAGUUUCACCAAGGAUAUUGGGACAACUUGUUAAAGCUCUCUUACCCUCGCGAUCUACUCGAGUUGGGUUUCAUAUUGCCAAGGACAAAAGAAGGUGAUGAAGCAUUAAGAAGCUUGGAGAAAGUUGUAAAGAGGGUUCAGAAUCCAAAGUCCAAGACCCCUAAAUUUUCUGGAGUGACGAUUCUUCGUCAAGACACGGAUGCCGUAGAAUCACAGGCAGAAAAGGAUAGGCAUGCCUUUAAGGCCCAGAAGAAGAGACGAUCGCAGAUGGCAACUGCCCGAAAUUCCCUUUUGUUUACCACUCUGGGGCCAUUUACUUCUUGGGUGCUCUGGUUAGAUGCCGAUGUAGUGGAAUCUCCAACGUCUUUAAUUGAGGAUUUGACUGCCCAUAAUAAGGCCAUUUUAGCGGCCAACUGCUGGCAGAGAUUCUAUGAUGAUGAAAAGAAAGAGAAUUCGAUUAGACCGUAUGAUUACAAUAACUGGGUGGAAUCUGAUGAGGGCUUGAGAAUUGCUUCUCAAUUGGACGAUGACGAGAUUAUUGUCGAAGGUUAUGCAGACAUGGCCACAUUUAGACCUUUGAUGGCACAUUUCUAUGAUGCAAAUGGAGACCCUAAUGUAGAAAUGCAGUUAGAUGGUGUUGGAGGUACAUGCUUGUUGGUUAAGAGUGAGGUUCAUAGAGAUGGUGCCAUGUUCCCCAAUUUCCCAUUCUACCAUUUGAUCGAAACUGAAGGUUUCUCUAAGAUGGCCAAACGGUUGGGCUACGAGGUGUUUGGUUUACCGAAUUAUUUAGUCUACCAUUACAAUGAGUAG